CCUCAAGGCUGAAGAUCACUCAGCUCUGACAAGUUGCCACAAGUGUCCCGCCUGUAAUUCAAGCUCUUGCAACAGCUUAUUUAAAGAGGAGCUAUUUAGACUCCCAGAGGAGAACGAAGUUAUAGUGUUUAUGGCUAACAGGUAAUAAUCGUGAGGACUCACCGAGCGUGCUGUGUGGACGGCAGGACGCAGGACCCCCCACAGCAGCCUUCUUUUCCUCACAGAUCCAACUCUUGUUACAAAAUGUCCCAAGUCAAGCUGUUCCAUGACAAGCGGCACCUCUUGUCCAUCUCGGUCACCAUGCUGGCCCUGCUGUGCUUCGGCAGAGCCUUACUGAGUACAGAACCUCCCAUCCUUCCUGGCCGCCACUUUACAUUUAUGUGGAAUGCCCCAACCGAGCUUUGUGACAUCCGCUUCGGCUUGCCCCUCGACCUCUCCCACUUUGACUUUGUCAGCAGUACGCUGAAAACAGCCACCAACCAGACCAUCUCCAUAUUCUACACUGACCGCUUUGGCCUCUUUCCCUAUGUGGAUGAAGACACUGGAGAGAUGUAUGAUGAAGGUCUGCCUCAGCUGAUAGACAUGCAGGAGCACCGGGAGCUGGCUGAGGACGACAUUGAGUACUACAUCCCUGGCAACCGGCGGGGCCUUGCCGUGCUUGACUUUGAGGAGUGGCGACCACAGUGGAUUCGAAACUGGGGCAGCAAAGAUAUCUAUCGACAGAUUUCCAUUGAAACGGUCAAGAAGAGGAAUGCGUCAUUGUCUGAUGACGAGGCAGAAGAAAAGGCAAAGAAUAUGUUUGAACGCGCAGCCAAGAAGUACUUUCUCCGAUCCAUCCGAAUUGGGAAGACAAUGAGGCCCAACAGACUUUGGGGUUACUACUUGUACCCCGACUGCUACAACUACGACUACAACCAGGACAUGGUUGGCUUCACAGGAGAAUGUCCUGCCAUUGAGAAGGAGAGGAACGACAACCUGCGGUGGCUCUGGAAAGAGUCUACGGCACUCUAUCCAUCCAUCUACUUGGAGCUGGCGCUCAAAGACUCUGUGCAGGCCCGGAUGUAUGUGCGCCAUCGCAUCCAGGAGGCCGUGAGGGUGUCAACCCUCCCCAACAGCUCCUACUCCAUCCCCAUCUACGCCUACAUCAGGCCUGUGUACAAGGACAGCGUUGAUGACUACAUGUCAGAGUUUGAUCUGGUCAACACCAUUGGAGAAGCUGCUGCUCUCGGUGCUGCCGGCGUGGUUUCCUGGGGAGACAUGAACGUCACAGAUACAGAUGACUCCUGUUUUGAUGCUCGACGUCAUUUGGAGUGGGUCAUGAACCCAUACAUCCUCAACGUAUCCACAGCAGCACGGCUCUGCAGUGUGGCGCUCUGCCAGGGCCGAGGUCGCUGUGUGAGGAAGCGCUGGAAUGAUGACGUCUACCUUCAUCUUGACCCGCGUCACUACCAGAUCCUUCGACAACGGCGUGGCGGCCCGCUGACUGUGAGUGGCGGCCUCUCGCAGGAUGACAUCAACCGGUUUGACCGCAGCUUCGACUGCAUGUGCUACGACACUGGGUCGUGUCGAUCAGUCCUGAUGAUCAACAGCAUCCAGGAGGCCUUCGUCACAGUGAACGGACUUGCUGACAGGGUGCGGCCCCUCCUGCUGGUGGUCAUACUCAUCUGUCUGAACUACACUGUGAUGUGAAUAGAAAUGAAAGUACAAACCUUACACCUGUGACACAGUAAAUGUGGCUGCAAGUACUUAAAGGAGUAUUCCGCUGUUAUUUAAGCUAGUUGUUAAUUUCUUUUGUUAUUUCUGACUAUUUUUUCGUGCAUCACCACUAAAGAAUAUUUGUAAAAAAAUUAAAAAUUAAAAAAUUAAAUCUGC